GAACUCAGUGGAAUGAGUGUCUUAAUAAACCAGGACUUUGCAUGGUGUUGAUCUACUACACAGCUGCUGAACAAAGGACAAGGUUUAUUCAUAACAGUUCUGUCAUCAAUAAACAAUACCAAUGGCCUUCCUGUACAAAUAAAACAUGCUAAUAACAAUCCGAAAAAGGAGAAAUUAGCACAGAAUCAACUUAUUUCCCAUGUUGUGGACUUAGUGCUGGCAGCUCUUCUUCUUAAAACCUCUCAAGUUUUACGUAAUGGUUUUGGAGCGGGAUGUUCGGUUCACUAGUUUGUGAUGUCAUCCUUGACCCAACCCUUCGGGGGCGACAACUCAACACCCAGGUUUUUUUUUGGUGCCCAAGAUGAUGAGACAGAUUACCUGGAAUCAAACAUGAAUCAAGAAGAAGUUGACUUCUAUGAGGAAGAGGAAGAUGAGGAGGCAACGCCUCCUGAGCGACAGAUCGUGGUUGGAAUCUGUGCCAUGAACAAAAAGUCCAAGUCUAAGCCCAUGACUCAAAUCUUAGAGAGACUGUGCAAAUUUGAGUAUAUUACUGUAGUUAUUAUGUCUGAAGAUGUAAUCCUUAAUGAGCCUGUGGAGAACUGGCCCAUUUGUGACUGCCUGAUUUCUUUCCACUCCAAAGGAUUUCCCCUGGAUAAAGCCGUUGCUUACUCCAAACUCCGGAAUCCUUUUCUGAUUAAUGACUUGAACAUGCAGUAUUUCAUACAGGAUAGGAGAGAAGUUUAUCGUAUUCUGCAGCAGGAAGGUAUUGAUCUUCCCCGUUAUGCUGUGCUAAAUAGAGAUCCUGUUCGGCCUGAAGAGUGUAACCUGGUAGAAGGAGAAGACCAUGUUGAAGUGAACGGAGAAGUCUUUCCAAAGCCGUUUGUAGAAAAGCCAGUUAGUGCUGAAGACCACAAUGUUUAUAUUUAUUACCCAACAUCUGCUGGGGGUGGUAGCCAGAGGCUGUUUCGAAAGAUUGGGAGCCGUAGCAGUGUAUACUCAUCAGAGAGCAGUGUACGAAAGACUGGAUCAUAUAUUUAUGAAGAAUUCAUGCCAACUGAUGGCACUGACGUUAAGGUGUACACUGUUGGUCCAGACUAUGCACAUGCAGAGGCCCGGAAAUCACCUGCUUUAGAUGGUAAGGUCGAACGUGACAGUGAGGGAAAAGAGAUCCGAUAUCCUGUCAUGCUGACUGCUAUGGAGAAACUUGUUGCCCGUAAAGUCUGCUUGGCCUUUAAGCAAACUGUGUGUGGCUUUGAUUUAUUACGAGCCAAUGGACACUCAUUUGUCUGUGAUGUUAAUGGUUUCAGCUUUGUGAAAAAUUCCAUGAAAUACUAUGAUGACUGUGCCAAAAUAUUGGGGAAUAUAAUUAUGAGGGAAAUGGCACCACAGUUUCAUAUUCCUUGGUCUAUUCCAACAGAAGCAGAAGAUAUUCCUAUAGUGCCAACCACAUCUGGAACAAUGAUGGAGCUGCGAUGUGUUAUAGCGGUAAUUCGACAUGGAGACCGCACACCAAAACAAAAGAUGAAGAUGGAAGUUUGGCAUUCUAGAUUUUUUGAAUUAUUUGAACGUUAUGAUGGUUACAAGACAGGGAAACUGAAACUGAAGAAACCAGAACAGUUGCAGGAGGUGCUGGACAUUGCUCGAUUGCUGCUAGCAGAGUUAGGAAUGCACAAUGACUGUGAAAUAGAAGAACAAAAAUCCAAACUUGAACAACUCAAAACUGUUCUGGAAAUGUAUGGACAUUUCUCUGGCAUUAACAGAAAGGUGCAAUUGACAUAUCUGCCCCAUGGGCAGCCAAAAACAUCCAGUGAGGAUGAUGGUGCUCGAAAGGAUUCACCUUUGCUUUUAUUAGUACUGAAAUGGGGUGGUGAACUGACCCAAGCUGGAAGAGUACAGGCCGAAGAGCUUGGUCGAGCAUUUCGUUGUAUGUACCCUGGUGGACAAGGAGAUUACGCUGGGUUCCCUGGCUGUGGAUUGCUUCGCUUGCAUAGCACAUAUCGCCAUGAUCUGAAAAUUUAUGCAUCCGACGAAGGACGAGUGCAAAUGACAGCUGCAGCUUUUGCAAAGGGACUUCUGGCGCUAGAAGGAGAGCUUACACCAAUUCUCGUACAGAUGGUUAAAAGUGCAAAUAUGAAUGGACUCCUAGACAGUGAUAGUGACUCCCUUAGCAGUUGUCAGCAAAAAGUAAAGGCCCGUUUGCAUGAAAUCAUGCAGAAGGAUAAGGAGUUAUCUGAGGAAGACCAGGAAAAGCUGGCUCCUACAAACAGCACAUCUAUAGUAAACUCCAUGGAGUGUAUUAAAAAUCCUGUAAAAACAUGUGACAGCGUGUAUUCCCUCAUUGAAAAUCUUACUUCUCAGAUUCGGAAACGCCUGGAAGACCCCAAAUCUGCUGAUCUGCAACUGUACCACAGUGAGACCUUAGAAAUGAUGCUACAACGGUGGAGCAAGUUGGAGAGAGAUUUUCGCAUGAAGAAUGGGCGUUAUGAUAUCAGCAAAAUCUCAGAUAUCUAUGAUUGUGUUAAAUAUGAUGUUCAGCACAACAGCUCUCUGAAACUGGAAGGGACAGAUGAACUUUUCAAGAUUUCAAAAUCACUUGCAGAUAUUAUAAUUCCACAGGAAUAUGGGAUAAAUAAGGAGGAAAAACUGGAGAUUGCCGUGGGAUAUUGUCUUCCUCUGAUUGAGAAGAUUCAACUGGACCUACAGAGAACACACGAGGAUGAAUCUGUUAACAAACUGCACCCCCUCUAUUCUAGAGGGGUAUUAUCUCCUGGACGCCAUGUGAGAACACGGUUAUAUUUUACCAGUGAAAGUCAUGUACACUCUUUAUUAAGUACAUUUCGCUAUGGAGGACUCUUGGAUGAAUCCAAGGAUCAACAGUGGAAUAGAGCAAUGGAUUACUUAAGUGCUGUUUCUGAACUGAACUAUAUGACUCAGAUUGUGAUUAUGCUUUAUGAGGACAAUAACAAGGAUGCAUCCUCAGAAGAACGGUUUCAUGUGGAGCUGCAUUUCAGUCCUGGAGUUAAGGGCUGUGAGAAAGACCAAAAUGCCCCCCUGGGGUUUGGAUUUCGUCCUGCAUCAGCAGAAAAUGAAGAUAAGAAGACUGAUCAGGGGAGUUUAGAAGACUUAUCCAAAGUGAAAGGAAAUGAUGAAGUGGACAGAUCUAUUCUAAUGUCCUCUUUAACACCAGAGCCGCUGCGCAAAUCACCACUAACUCGAUCCAAGAAAACUGGGUCAAUGGAGGUCAUGAAUGCCAAAAGCACAGGCAAUAGAGGGCGCCGGAGAAGAAGAUCGGGAGAGCCCAUUCACUCCCCAUGUGCCAUCACUCUGCAGUCCAAGGCCAUGUCCACCACUAACCUGGCAUCCUGGCAACAGGUCCUUUCUGAGACAUCCUCUAAAGCUGGCGGCUACCGUCUCUUCACUUCUUUUGCCAGACAUUCCUCAGACAUGAAGCAAAGCGGUUUAGGAUCACAGUGCACUGGGCUGUUCAGCACCACAGUGCUGGGAGGCUCCUCCAGUGCUCCAAACCUGCAGGACUACGCACGCAGCCACCGCAAAAAAAUCAGCUCUGCUGCCAGCCUGACUUACAAAGACGAACUGUUGUCUAUGCCAGCUGUAAAACGAUUUUCUGUGUCGUUUGCAAAGCAUCCGACUAAUGAAUGCCUGGAAGACCACGAGGUCACCCAGCUGCUUCGCUGCUUUUCCUGCGACUGCUCACAGUCUCGGAACAUCUGUCUGGAUCAGGCUAUGGCCCACCACCUACACCAGUGCUACUACCACCUGCGUCUCUUCAAGAACUGGCUGAUCUCGGGCCAGGAGGAUUUGGAGUGCCUCUACGGUUUUGAGGGUUGUUCUAUGGUACCAACUAUCUACCCUCUGGAGACACUUCACAAUUCAUUGUCCCUCAGGCAGGUUAAUGGCUUCUUGACAACAGUUUGUAAUCAAUUUGCAGAUACCCAUAGAAGAAGAUCUUCAGCUGGAUGUGACUCCAUGAUGUCAAGCCAUACAUCUGGUGAUGGUUACUUGCCACAUCGAAUCCUCUCUUCUUCUUCACUUCAUUAUCAUCACCUCGAAGAGAGGCCUCCCUGGUACUGCAGUGGUCCAUCUAGCACAGUGUCCAGUGCAGGCCCAUCAUCCCCAACUGCUUUAGAUCUUUCAGCUCGUUUUAACUUUAGUGAUAAAACUUCCUUCACUGAAGAGCAAAGAAAAAAACUAAACCUUGAAGAGAAUCCGUUUCAGAAGUCAACUGGUGAGGGACAAUCCAACAGCCAGGAAAUUCAUCAGUUCCAGGAACCGCUUCCUAGUGAUUGCACUUGUUUGCCACCAGAGCAUUCCAGUGAUGUGGCCGCACCCUUGCAGCAGUGUGUAGAGCAUGAGCUUCUCAUUGGCCUAGAGUCACUUGGAGAAGCAUCAGUUCCUGGUGAAGCAAUAUCAGAUCUUUCAGCACAGAGCAUGAAAACACAUAAUCAAAUGUUUCCCCUAAACCAGUCUGCUGUAGACGAGCAGAUGUUAACAGAAUUAGCCCUUCAAGGUAGGGAGACAUCUCUUUGAUAAGACUCAAACAAAAAAUGUAAGAUGACCUGGAGAAGGUUUCUGUUUAUGAGCUUGGACUAUAACACGGACUAUUAUCUCUGGAGUUGCCACUAUAUUGUUGCGUCCUAAGCACUGAAUGACAUGAUGCUGCAGUAAGUGUAUUCCAAAUUGAUGACAAACAUACAGUAAACAUUCACAGACUCAAGCAGAGAAUCCUGUUCAUUUGAGCGGACAUUCUGGACAACCAUUUCAAAGGAAACGGUGCAUAGUGCACAAAACAGCCAUAUAAAAACGAUCCAGUAUUACAUGUAACUUCUGUUACAUCUGUUGUCAUUGAAAACUUCUCUUCACCAGCUAAUGGGUAGCAUGGAAGGAAGUGUUUGUAGGUUUUAUAAAGGUUUUGCAGCUUUCUUUAAGGCAUAAACCAUUAAAAUAAGAAGCUAAACCUUUCUGGACGUGACCAUUACGCAGAAUGGAAAGUAGUUUCUAACCAGCUGAAAUUACACUUUUCCCCUUCAAAUUUUAAUUAUAAUCUUUAGAUUGCAUUUGGUUGCUGUGACAUUAUUAUACAUUUUAUUCACAUUUUUGUUUCCUUUUUUCCAGAGAAUUUACUGUGAAUGCAGGAACUUCAGGUGUUUGUUCAUAGGCAGAUCUUAAUGUGUACAAUCAACCAAGGAGAUUAGUAGCUACGGUAAUGGCACAUGGACCACUUUGAGCACAUUUUUUUAGGCAGCCAAAAGCUGGUGCUCUAAGAGUCCCUAGAACUGGGCACUUUGCCAUUACCUAAAAGUAAGUUUCUCACUUCUAAACAUAUCUUGCUUAAAGCAAACAUGGCACAAAUUGUACCUCUAAACUAAUGAAAGUUUUUUUUUAGGUCUGACCUGUAUCAAUGCUUAUGGCAUGUGGUUCAGCUAAAGAUUAAUCUGUGUCAUAUCCAUUGCACUACGACAUACAUGAUAGUUAUUGCUUAUUAAAGAGCCAGUUUUUCAACUGCACUCUGGACUGUGGUGCCAUAACAAGGGCAAAUGAAGCCCUUAAUUAUACUGAUAUCGGAUGAUUAUUACUAAUCAUUUAUGUGAUGUCAAUGAAAGGGAAGCUCUAAUGUAAACAUGAUAACAUGUUGCUGUUGCUAGAUUUGGAGUGUAUUAUAUACACUAUUUGCAGACAUCCAUUUUUAUUCAUGGAAGGCAAUUAGUUCAGUUGUUGUACAGUCAGAUUCAUAUGGAUGCCUUAUAGAUUUUACUUGGGCAUAGACUUCUUUUAUUCUGCAUACAAGUGCUGCCUAUUAGGGGACACCCAAGUAUUGGGACUACCAAUGUAGAGGCAGACAUUGCUUUCUCUAAUCAUUAUUUGGAACAGAAUAGAUUUAUAUAUCAUUAUCAUAUCAUAUUAUAACAGCCUGUCUCAUGGAUACAUUAAUAUGCCAAACAAGCAUUGUCAUAGUUUUUUAAUCAAUGUAGUACAUCAGAAACAUACUUUUUUCGUUGAAACCAAUAGCCAGUUACUAAUGGCAGCUGUUGGAUUAGAUGUAUUAUUUUUCACAUUGAAUGAGCUAUUACGAUUGAAAAGAGAUGAAUCUACAUUAUAUAAAAUAAUCUAUAUUGUUAAAUGUUUAAUUUAUAUAUUCAAUCCAGAUAUUUGGAGCUGGUACCACUGUGCGGAAUACAGUAGGCUUGCUGCAGUUUGACAUCAUUAUGUGGCUGGUAGAUGUAUAGUGCGGGUAACCGUUGCCUCUAAUUUAUCUGAUGCAGCUCUAGAUUUGUGAAUGGUUGUAUAUUUUGUGCAGUAGUGCCGUGUCAUUUGUCUAUUUAUGUUAUGAGAUUGUGAUCAUAUUCCUGAGAUUUUUAAAACUGUGUAGUGAUUAACGUGUUUAUCUACUGUUUAACGUGUGUAUCUUCAUAAACAAGUUAAACAGUAGAUAACGUGUUUAUCUUCAUAAAACUAGAUUCUGUUAUUCAGAAUGAAGAAGGGGAAAUGAUUCUGAAUAUCCAUAUGUCCAAUAAACCUGACUGAGUGACUUCAGUUUAUGGGUUAUAUCAAGGUGCUGCCUGUGUCACUGCCAUUGGUGUGGGUUGGAUAUUCCACUAGAAUCUGCCUGAUUUAAAGGCAGUGUCGGACUGGAAUGCCAGGGGCCCACCAGAAAACUUUAGAUGGUGGGCCCAUCGGUAAACCAUGACCAUGGGUCCACUUUCCAAACUAUUAUUCCUCCUCUCUGAAGUCAACCUCUUUAUUCUCCUAGUCUUUUAUAUUUACUUUUAUUACUAUACUAUACUUCCAUUAUUAAGCCUCUUUUUUACCAUAAAGGAAUGGGGAAUGACCAUGAAAAAGGCCAAAUGGUUAGAAGCAAGAGGGCCACUGACACCUGGGCCCACCGGGAGUUUUCCUGGUAUCCCGGUGGGCCAGUCCGACACUGUCCGUCAUCUAUUAUUACAAUAUCAUGUCUUACAGUAUAUUGUAUGUGAUAUAUACUGUAGAAUUAAACAAGACAAGCAAAUCUGGUGGCAAAUCUGGAGUGAUUGCUCCAUUUGUAGUAGGUACAGUAUUCCGUUUCCAAUGAAAUCACUGGGUUGCUUCAUGUUCUCAAAUUUAACAAGAAUUUGCACCAGAUCGAUUUUGCUUUGCAUAAUUUGUAAGAUUUUUCAUUUUAUAAAUUAUCUAUUAUAUUUUUUGAUUUUUCAAUUGACCAAAACCAAGAUCCAAAGUAGUAAAGGCAACUGGAUUAAUUCUGGGAUAUUACUAUUGAAUUUAGUGCUAAAAAAUAUUGAAUAUUUCUGCUCUACUUUUUAUCAUAAUUCUGUUCUUAGCAUUCUUAUCCUGUUUUUUCUUUUUUCCUUUAACUUUUUUUUGUACCAUUAAACCAAAACACUGUCAAGCCCUCUACAUUACAUACAUUAACAAGAAGAGUUAGUAAAACAUAUAUCCAAUGAUGGUCUUAGGUUGAGACAUCUGAUUUGCUUGUCUUUUUGCUAGACAGUCUUACAUUUUCCAAGCCGUGAAAGUUAUUUUAUGGUUGCGCUGUUUGAAAAGAAACACUCCUGUCUAAAAGCAAUAAAGUUGUUUUUGGAAAAGUUACUUUUCAAGUUUUUAAGUUAAGUUUUUCCCUACUAGUGAUGUGCAGGUCGACCCCAUCCAGCUGCGCACCCGACCGUGACCAGGCACGCUGCACUCUUUAUAUGCCCACACACACCCUGCCCCGCUGUGAAAUCACGAAAGGGGUGGGGCCGGUGUGAGUAUAUAAAAAGGCACACGCAGAGACGGAAGUGGGGCAGAAGAAGGCUGUGGGCAGGGAGAAUGAAGGCUAAAGUUCAGCCACAACCUGCCUGUGACCGAGGACAUACUGUGGAUGUUGGCCUGGUCCCAUGAGGCUUCGGGCCGGCUCCAACAUCACAAUUUCCUAAUGCUAAUAAUAUUUCACAUACAGAGUCAUAUUUGUAUCAGGGCAUUUCUGUACAGCUCCAAUGCUAGGAACAUAGCGCAGCUUAUAAAUACUGAAUAUACAACCUAUAUCCAAGUGAAUAAGAUGAGUAGAGUAUAAUAACACACCAGGGUAAAGAAGGCAGCACAUCUGGGAUAAAAAAAAAAUGCAUAAUGCUUUGUGUUAUUCUUGUUGCCUUAUCACCAGCACUAACAACACUCAGACCUGAAGCAAAUUCCUUACUGCCAUCGAGCUCUGCCUUUGGUUUACUUCGGAACCCCAAUCACAUAAGAAAGCCUGGUAAAUUUGAUGCUGGAGGUCACUUUACCAAGGUCAUUUUGUGCUAAGCAAUGGUAUAGUUAGUAGUGCAAAUCCUCUGAUCAAGUUUCCAACAGUUGUCCCAUUAAUCCCACUUUUUUCAAUUUGCGUUUUUAUAGUUAGAAAUUCACACUCCAAGACUUUUACCUACAGAAUUUAAAAGGGGAAACUCAAUAUUUGUUUACUCGCUGUGGUUUUAUAAAACAUUUAAAAAAUUGUUUCCAUUAGAUUUUUGCAUUCAUAAAUAU